AUGAACACUUCCACUUUCACAGGAACUUCGCGACCUGCCCUCCUCGAAAAGCCCGCCAACGUUAUCCUCUCCCCGUCUAAACAAUCCCAAAAAUCCCUCGACACGAUGAACAAGCCGCUCAAACUCACCGCUCCCACCAUUUCUACCGUCAGCGCGGCGCCCAUCAUAUCACCUGCCGCGAUCGCUGGACAGAAACGUUCAAUCGAUCAAGUAGACGCAGACCAUGACCCCAUUGAUUCCGUCAACAGCUCUUUCGGCCAAGCGAAACAGGAAGAUGAAUUUUAUAUCUUUGAAGAGCCUUCACAAUCGAGCCUUGAUAUUGACAAAGAGGCAUCCUUUUUGCGAUACUCCGCACUACCUGAGUCAGGUCACGACCACCUAAACCAGGAGUCCCAAGAGAGCAUAGGCUUGACAUCACUCCUUAACCUAAGCCAAGCUUCCGAUAAAUACUUCCCAACCACACUUUCCUCCACCUCUAAACAAAGAAGAAAAGAACCAGUCGAUGCCACUUCUAUUGUCCCCUCGGAUCCAGAACAGAGGAAGCUAUUUAUCGAGCAGAAAGCCAACUUGCUUCGAAUACGACUCCAAGCUGCUGUGAGAGUCAUGGACCAAAAAAAGGACUUUAACCAUCGCCUCGCAGAUUAUGAGGCUCGUGAUGAGGCCCAAAGAAAACAAUGGGGCAACACGGUCGAUCAGCUCAACAGCAACCCGAAUCUCAUGGCACAAGGCGCGGAGGUUACUCCUCAGAGGAAGGCACCUCGACUCGAUCCUUCACCGCCCCUUCAAGACCGUGGUCGCGUCGCAAACAUCAUUUCACCUCCUUCUGCCUCUAACACGAACGGAAUUCAGAAUCAUAACGCCACUCCAACACAAUACAGCACGGAUCAGAACCAACAGACAUCUCAUGAGCUGCUCUCGUCAAUUAGACUCCUCAGCCCAGGUAGCGGCGACCGCAAUGAUCCCAUAGUUGUAGAUAGGGAUAUCAACUGUUCAGUUGAACAAAUGAUCGCCAAGACCAAACGUGGUGAAGCUUUGGAUGGACUUCUGAAGCUGAUGGAGACUACAACCGAAUAUGAUGCGCUGGAUGAAUGGACUGGAUAG